AUGACUGAAUGGUCUCCAUUCACUUUCAGGUGCGACUUCAGCUGGAAUCCCGGGUUCUUGCCCUAUGGGGACGCCUUCCAGAAUUACCGCAAGGUGAUGCAUCGAUACGUUGGGCCGGGAGCGGCUGCGAUGCGACAACCGAAGCAACGCAAAGGCGUUCACGACCUUCUACGACGACUAGUAACGAGUCCAGAUGAUUUAUAUUCUCACAUAAGAUUUACUACAGCUAGUCAAGUACUCUCGAUUGCAUAUGGUAUCGAUGCUAAACGCGAGGACGAUCCCUACAUCUCUGUAGUCGAGCGCGGAAACAACGCUUUUCUAUCAGCUAUACAGCCCGGGCAUUGGCUCGUGGACGCUUUCCCACUUCUGAGACAUGUCCCCGAUUGGGUCCCCGGCGCGGAAUUCAAACGGCUGGCCAAGGCAUGGCGAAAGUGCUCGCACGAUUGGCGCGAGAUCCCGUUCAUGGCUGCGAAAAGAGCAGGCCUCUAUUCGAUUAGCGUUAGCGCAGUAUCCUUGUACCUCGAUUCACUCGGCGAAAAGGCCGAUUUGCCUGAAAACCAUGACUUUAUAAAAGGCAUAUCUGCUUUGAUGUACGCAGCCGCGGUCGAUACGACGGCCGCGACGAUAGAAUGCUUCUUCUACGAAAUGCUACGAAAUCCUCAUGUACAAAAACAAGCACAGCAAGAGCUCGACAGCGUCCUCCACGGUCGCUUGCCGGACUUCACAGAUUGUGCGACGCUCCCUUAUACACGCGCCCUCGUGGCGGAACUUUUGCGAUGCCAACCCGUCGCCCCGAUAGGUCUGCCUCGCGAAAUUCGCGACGACGACGUGUAUAUGGGGUAUUACAUGCCGAAGGGCUCUGUCGUAAUAGGCAACGUAUGGGCUCUAACGCACGAUGAACGCGUGUACCCAGACCCGUACGCAUUCAAACCAGAGCGCUUCCUUGACGAGAAGGGACAACUGCGUCCGGGCAUGACGGAACCCGCGGGCGCGUGGGGAUUCGGUCGUCGGGCAUGUCCCGGGCGGUUUCUCGCGCUCGACACGAUCUUCCUCACGGUCGCGACCGUGCUUACCACCUUCGACAUCUUGGCGCAACCGGGUCAGGUAUUCACUCUCGACGACGAUUUCGAGACCACUGGCGUCACUCGGCAUCCGAAACCGUUCAAGUGCGAGAUACGGCCAAGGUCUGCGGCGCAUGCGCGCACGGCGAUGGCGACUGCUGAGGAGUAGGCCUUCGUGUAUUUCCCUGCCUCAUGAUCAUGCCUGUUAUUUCACCUGCGCAUUCAACUUCGUUCACGCAGAAGUCCGAUCUUAUACUACCUUUUCUGCCAUAAUUCCAAUGCAAUGCUGUAUCCAUACCCUAUCUGUCUGGAAUAUACCUUAUCUGAAU